GUUAGACACAAACAGUAAGAAGACAGAGGGCCCGUCAGAGCAGAUCCAGGAUCCAGACAACACAGCCCUGCUGACUCUGCUGGAGAAGAGCCCCACUGUCAUACUGAACUUGCUGGGCAUGGUGUGUACCAGGGAGGAUCCCCUGGCAGAACGUGCUGUAGAGGUGCUGGGGAGUUUCCUGCGGGGCUGUAAGGCCGGCCUGUGUACCCUACUCAGACCCACUCUGCUACAGCUGCUCCAGAGACUGGGCCUGGAGAGCAGCCAGGGGACAGGAGCCGUGGGCUCUCUCCCUCUGGUCCUGAGGUUGCUGUGCCUGAUGCAGACCAGUGGCUCCACUGAGAAUGAGAUGGACGGCAUCCACUUCAGACUGCUCUACCACGUGAGUAAGCUGGCAGGGAAGCUGCAAGCCUCCAACACGGAGUGUCUGCUGCCAGCCUUCAGCUACCUGUACUGCUGUCUGCACCUGUCCCCCCCCUCACUGCACUGACUGAGCUGUGUCCACGCUGCUGUGUAACGCCGGGCUGAUGGACCAACUGCAGGCUGGACCUCUCCUCUUCCCUCUCUCCUACGUCUGUCCUGCUGUGCUGCUCUCAACUGCUCCUGUCCUCUCUCGUCACGCUGCAGCACACUC